CGUUCCUGUAGUUCUCUUUCAAAGUCACUGACGAUCACAGCGAUAAAAUGUCUGCAGCUGAAGUUGUGUAUUCUAAUGAGGAGAUUAUAAUGGAGAGGGGAAACACUGACGGGAGCGCUAACUCACCGAUUGAAACCACUUACUCUGAAUUCGGCAUUGUGAGGAGACGGCCAUCUACAGAGCUUCCUGAUGGACGAUGUAGAGUCACCUCAGAGAGAGCGGCUGUGUUUGUUCUCAGCGUUCUCCUGGCAGCUUAUCUCAUCACUCUCGGCCUACACUUGUAUAAAGACAACCAAACCAAAGAAAGUAUUGGGGCUGUGGAAAAUAAUCUCAAAGUGUGCUCUGCAAACUAUACGAUUCUCCAAAAGAUGAUAGAUGAGCGUGACGCUGAGAUAGAAAACCUCACAGAGAGAUUCUCUGCAGUAAAACCAUGCAAACCGGAGUCACCAAAGUGCCCUGAAGUAAACAGGGACUGUCCAAAAUGUCCAGUCGGCUGGGAGCGUCAUGGAGGGAAAUGCUAUUAUUUCUCCACCUAUACAGCAACCUGGACAAGUAGCAGAGAUGAAUGCAGACGUAAAGGAGGAGAUCUGGUUAAGAUAGAGAGCAGAGAGGAGCAGGAAUUCCUGGAGCAGAAAGUGAGAGAUGAAAUGACUGCAGAUCAGGACAAGUUCUGGAUCGGACUGACGGACUCAGUGACAGAGAGAACAUGGCUGUGGACAGACGGGUCAGCACUGGACAACAGUUUGAAGUUUUGGAGCAGAACUGAGCCAGACAACUAUAAAGAGGUCCAUUCUGAUGGAGAGGAUUGUGCGAGGAUGGGGGAGAGAGGCAAAGCAGCACACGUGAUGUGUUGGUUUGAUGCACCUUGUAUAGACCCUCACAAAAGUAUCUGUGAGAAACCAGAAGAACCUUGACAGUUGAAGUGUGUCUGAAAACAGUUCAGCUUAAGUCUCGCUCAGCAUGUUUAAAGCUCAUGAUCAAAUAAAUAAAUUCGGUCCUGCAAACAGAA